CGCAGUAGCAGGUGAGGUUGCCGGCGGUAACCAAUGUGAGGGACGUUUCUGUCACUGAAUUUUAUUUAUUUUAAUGGGUGUUUGUUUUUAAAAUUAUUCUGAUAUUGUUGGCCGUGCUUUCUAUUGUAUUUUUUUUGGAAAACGAAAGGAAUUGUGGUUUGCCCUAAGGUUGUUGGCGGUUUGGUGAUCGAGUACCAAAGCCUGUGCUCUGUAUCUAUACAGCUGGAAUUAACAACUUAUCAGAUUUUGGAAAUGGCCUGGGAAGGCAAGGAAUGAAACCUGUGUCCUUUUUGGAUCAGCAUCUCAUUGAAGCUUGCAAGGAAGCGAAUGGUCAAAAAUGAACAAGCUACGACAGAGCUUUAGGCGUAAGAAAGACAUCUAUGUUCCAGAAUCAAGCCGACCGCACCAGUGGCAGACUGAUGAAGAAGCAGUCCGCAGUGGCAAAUGUAGCUUCCAGGUCAAGUACUUAGGCCACGUGGAGGUAGACGAAUCUCGAGGGAUGCACAUCUGUGAGGAAGCUGUAAAGAGACUGAAAUCCGAAAGGAAGUUCUUCAAAGCCCUGUUUGGAAAAACUGGAAAGAAGCCAGUUAAGGCUGUGUUGUGGGUGUCAGCAGAUGGACUGCGAGUGGUGGAUGAGAAAACGAAGGAUCUUAUUGUUGAUCAGACUAUAGAAAAGGUAUCCUUCUGUGCCCCUGACCGAAACUUUGACAAGGCCUUCUCAUACAUUUGUCGAGAUGGUACAACCAGACGUUGGAUCUGUCACUGCUUCUUGGCUAUAAGAGAUUCGGGUGAGCGGUUAAGCCAUGCUGUGGGCUGUGCUUUUGCAGCAUGUUUGGAGAGGAAGCAGAAACGUGAAAAGGAGUGUGGUGUAACCGCCACAUUUGACGCCAACCGCACCACAUUCACCAGGGAGGGUUCCUUUCGGGUAAUCACAGCCACUGAACAAGCAGAGCGAGAAGAAGUGAUGAAACAAAUGCAAGACUCCAAGAAAGCUGAAGCAGAGAGAAUUGUUGUCGUAACUGCAUCUGCUGCAUUACCUGCAGUUCCAUCAGCUUCGCCAUCUGCCCCAUCCACCAUUACAGAAAGCAAGGAAUCUAGCAACAUACAUGCCAUACCGAGAAGGCAUGCACCUGUGGAGCAACUCGCCAGGCAAGGAUCUUUCCGAGGUUUCCCAGUACUGAGCCAGACAACAUCUCCAUUCAAAAGGCAAAUGUCCCUUCGAAUAAAUGAAUUGCCUUCAACCAUGCAACGGAAGACAGAUUUCCAAAUUAAAAACACAGUGCCUGAAAUGGAAGGUGAGAGCACAGCUGAAGGGGACAGUAUAAGCUCCCUGUGCUCUCAAAUAACACAUGCAUUCAGUGGUCAAGUGGAGGACCCAUUCUCUUCUGCACCAAUGACGAAACCUACUAUGGGUGCCGCUCCUCAAGUGACUGCCUCCCAAGUCAAUGGAGCAGCUUCAGCCUUUCCACUGCCUGUUCCAGCACCAGCAGCACCUACCAUGUCUCCCACAGUAAUGCCGGUGCGUGACACAAACCCUUGGGCCCAGGCCCCCACAACUAGCGCAGGAACUGCAAUAGCUACAAGCACUGACUGGGGCUCAACCGCAUCUGUAACAACACCCUUUCAGCCCAGUCACAAACGCACACCAUCGGAAGCUGACCGCUGGCUUGAAGAAGUAUCAAAAAGUGUCCGCAUGCAAACAGCACCACAGCCACUGCCACAACCAUCAUUAGCUGCGCUACCAGCUCCACAGUCCUUUCAGGCCAACACCUUUGUUAUCCCACAGGCAGCACCAGUCAGUGUGGUUCCUCAGAUGCAGCCUACGUUUGUUCCUGCUCAACCAUACAGUCUAGGGGUCACCAAUGGGGUACCAUAUCAAGCUCCAAGUGUGCCUGUGGUUGGAAUCACCCCUUCACAAAUGGUUGCUAAUGUCUUUGGCACAGCAGGUUAUACUCAGGUUACUCAUGCACAAUUGAAACAAAAUGCAUUCCCACAAAAUGAAGGAGGCAUCAUGGGUAUUACUGCAAAUACUAACCCUUACUUUAAACCUGCCCAGCAAAUUAAUGGUUCGGCAGCUUUCAAUGGAGCAGAAAGUGGCAACUGGACAACAGAAACCAAAAGCAUUCAAAUGGCAGCAGGCAUACCAGAAAUUGAUGCAUUUGAGGCUCAGUGGAAUGCACUGGAAUGUAAAUCAAAGCAACGGGCCACACCUUCUCCUACUAAUCCUUUCUCUAGUGACUUACAGAAAACCUUUGAGAUUGAACUUUGAGCAGACUUCAGAUUUUUUUCUUUUGUGUGCAGAAUGCAUUGUGUUGAUAAUGGGCAUGAAGAACGGCUUUAACAGUCUCUGAAAACCAUUAUAAACCUGAUGCACAGCUGGACUGAAAAAUCUGGCAAGGUUGAAUGAUCAAAGGGGACAUGUCUGUUGUCUGCCUUGGAUAAACUGGUUAUUUUCAUGGUACGAGUGUAGGGGAUCAGCUGCUUGUUUCUAAACUCUUUCUACCUACAAUUACAUUGUUAUUCUGUGGUGGGACUGCAGAAUGAUGCUGCAGUUCUCUAGUGUUGGAGCUUCCACUUUGGAUAAAUUGAUGCCAAAAUCUUUAUUUUUAUGCAUUAGUAUAUAUUUUAAAUAGUUAUGGAAAUUGAGCUGUAAGUAAUCUUGCCAAAGGUAAAACACCGAACAGUUGUACGAAAUGUAUAUAGAGAAUGGUUUAUUGCUUAUUAAGUAAUUGGGUUAUAUGUGAUCCUUUAGCUGGACCUUGUUGCAGACUAUUUUGCUGUGGAUAAUAAACUUGCUUGAACAGAUGACCAAUAAUAAAUCAUUAGUUAUCAUCAGUUAAUUUUUUUUUCACAGUAUUGUUAUGGUCUACAUAAACCAUGAUCAAUGUUGUAUGUUCUGUUGAGCAAGAUCUUAUUUUAUUCUGCUACUUUUUUUUUCACAGUAUUGUUAUGGUCUACAUAAACCAUGAUCAAUGUUGUAUGUUCUGUUGAGCAAGAUCUUAUUUUAUUCUGCUACUAAAAAUUCUCUUGUUUUCCUUACUAUUUUGAAUGGGUUUUUAAGACAGUCAGUCAGGUUUGAUUGCUGUAAUUGUUGAAAUGGAUUUGCACAAUAUAGUUAAGCAAAAUCAUCCUUGUUGGUACCAAGUGGUACUCACUUUUUUAACCUCCUUCCCUUUGUGGUGAUUAGUGAGAGCCCAUCUUUCUGUGUUACAGCUACUUUGCAUCUCACUUGAGGAUUCAGCAGGUUUUCUUUAGUUUUGUUUUAAUUUUGACUUGUAUGAGCCUUACAAUCACUUGUAAUAAAUAAAGAAAUUUAUACUGGAGAUUUAUAACCCUUAACAGAAAUAAAUGGUGGUUAGAAGACUUA